AUGCAGCUGGGUACAUCGGGUCAACAGCUCCCAGCUUCCGGAGUUGCGGUGGUUACAGCCCGGCCAAAAGGUAUCCUAAAGUCUGGGACCGAGCCCAAGGUGCCAUAUCUUCUCCCUUCCACCCUCGAGUUCUUCUCAAUCCUCCUCCUCAUAUCUCUGUAUACCCGGGACUGCCCACCCUUCGCAGCCUGGUCUUGUAAUCUAUCUCGCAGGACCUCCGUGUAA